AUGACAAGAAUUUGGUUAGAAACGUUGAGAAAGGAACCGUCGGGCAUUGCGGCGCAUGAUGGUAAGCGCCCUGACGAGUGUACCUUGAUUCCUUGGAGAGCCGGCGUGCAGCUUACUAGCAAAGAAAGCGGUUUGGCUGCAACCAGGGCAUCUGAUGAAAAGAUCAAGAAGUAUGACGGAGCUAUUCCCUCGAUGGAGUUUUUACCGAUUUGUAUCGAGGUCCUCGGCCCCAUGAACUGUAACACCUCCAAGUUUUUCAAUCAGAUUUGUAAACAUAUUAGUAUUAGGUCAGGCGAUAGUAGGGAGUAUUUUUUCGCUAUGAAUAAUAUUUCGUGCAUUCUGCAGCGGUUUUUGCGCGUCUGUGUGUUGGAAAAUGUGCAGUUGAAUGCCAACGUGGUUGAGUGA